CUGGAGGAGAAGAUGGUGUCCCUGCUGCAGGAGAAGAACGAUCUGCAGCUCCAAGUGCAGGCAGAACAAGACAACCUCAAUGAUGCCGAGGAGCGCUGUGACCAGCUGAUCAAAAACAAGAUUCAGUUGGAAGCCAAAGUGAAGGAGAUGAACGAGAGGCUGGAGGACGAGGAGGAGAUGAACGCUGAGCUCACUGCCAAGAAGCGCAAGCUGGAAGACGAGUGCUCAGAGCUCAAGAAAGACAUCGAUGACCUGGAGCUGACACUGGCCAAGGUGGAGAAGGAGAAGCACGCAACAGAGAACAAGGUGAAGAACCUAACAGAGGAGAUGGCUGGGCUGGAUGAGAUCAUUGCCAAGCUAACUAAGGAGAAGAAAGCUCUACAAGAGGCCCACCAGCAGGCCCUGGAUGACCUUCAGGCCGAGGAGGACAAGGUCAACAGCCUGUCCAAGUCUAAGGUCAAGCUGGAGCAGCAGGUGGAUGAUCUGGAGGGAUCCCUGGAGCAAGAGAAGAAGGUGCGCAUGGACCUGGAGCGAGCUAAGCGGAAACUGGAGGGUGACCUAAAGCUGACCCAGGAGAGCAUCAUGGACCUGGAGAAUGACAAGCAGCAGCUGGACGAAAAGCUCAAAAAGAAGGAGUUUGACAUUAAUCAGCUGAACAGUAAGAUUGAGGAUGAGCAGGCACUGGCCCUUCAGCUGCAAAAGAAACUGAAGGAAAACCAGGCACGCAUCGAGGAGCUGGAAGAGGAGCUGGAGGCCGAGCGCACCGCCAGGGCCAAGGUGGAGAAGCUGCGCUCAGACCUGUCCCGGGAGCUGGAAGAGAUCAGCGAGCGGCUGGAAGAGGCUGGCGGGGCCACGUCUGUGCAGAUCGAGAUGAACAAGAAGCGUGAGGCCGAGUUUCAGAAGAUGCGGCGGGACCUGGAAGAGGCCACGCUGCAGCAUGAGGCCACUGCCGCGGCUCUGCGCAAGAAGCAUGCCGACAGUGUGGCCGAGCUGGGCGAGCAGAUCGACAACCUGCAGCGGGUGAAGCAGAAGCUGGAGAAGGAGAAGAGCGAGUUCAAGCUGGAGCUGGACGAUGUCACCUCCAACAUGGAGCAUAUCAUCAAGGCCAAGGCAAACCUGGAGAAAGUGUCUCGGAUGCUGGAGGACCAGGCCAAUGAGUACCGCAUGAAGCUAGAAGAGGCCCAACGCUCCCUCAACGACUUCACCACCCAGCGAGCCAAGCUGCAGACAGAGAAUGGAGAGUUGGCCCGGCAACUAGAAGAAAAGGAGGCGCUAAUCUCGCAGCUGACCCGGGGGAAGCUCUCCUAUACCCAGCAAAUGGAGGACCUCAAAAGGCAGCUGGAGGAGGAGGGCAAGGCAAAGAACGCCCUGGCCCACGCACUGCAGUCGGCCCGGCAUGACUGCGACCUGCUGCGGGAGCAGUACGAGGAGGAGACGGAGGCCAAGGCCGAGCUGCAGCGCAUCCUGUCCAAGGCCAACUCGGAGGUGGCCCAGUGGAGGACCAAGUAUGAGACGGACGCCAUCCAGCGGACUGAGGAGCUCGAGGAGGCCAAGAAGAAGCUGGCCCAGCGGCUGCAGGACGCUGAGGAGGCCGUGGAGGCUGUUAAUGCCAAGUGCUCCUCGCUGGAGAAGACCAAGCACCGGCUACAGAACGAGAUUGAGGACCUGAUGGUGGAUGUGGAGCGAUCCAAUGCAGCUGCUGCAGCCCUGGACAAGAAGCAGAGGAACUUCGACAAGAUCCUGGCUGAGUGGAAGCAGAAGUAUGAGGAGUCGCAGUCAGAGCUGGAGUCCUCGCAGAAGGAGGCACGCUCCCUCAGUACUGAGCUCUUCAAGCUCAAGAACGCCUACGAGGAGUCCCUGGAGCACCUGGAGACCUUCAAGCGGGAGAACAAGAACCUUCAGGAGGAAAUCUCAGACCUUACUGAGCAGCUGGGGGAAGGAGGAAAGAAUGUGCAUGAGCUGGAGAAGGUCCGCAAACAGCUGGAGGUCGAGAAGCUGGAGUUGCAGUCAGCCCUAGAGGAGGCAGAGGCCUCCCUGGAACACGAGGAGGGCAAGAUCCUCCGGGCCCAGCUGGAGUUCAACCAGAUCAAGGCAGAGAUCGAGCGGAAGCUGGCAGAGAAGGACGAGGAGAUGGAACAAGCCAAGCGCAACCACCUACGGGUGGUGGACUCUCUGCAGACC